CGGCGGCUCAUGCCCGGCCUGUCCCCCCGCGAGGGGCGGGCACCGUGACUCGGCUGGGCCCCCAGCGGCGGGCGAUGUGAAGAUGUCAGUGGGCUGUGCCUGUCCUGGUUGCUCCUCCAAGUCGUUCAAGCUGUACUCGCCGAAGGAGCCCCCGAACGGCAACGCCUUCCCCCCCUUCCAUCCCGGCACCAUGCUAGAUCGGGAUGUAGGCCCAACUCCCAUGUACCCGCCUACAUACCUGGAGCCUGGGAUUGGGAGGCAUACACCAUAUGGCAACCAAACUGACUACAGGAUAUUCGAGCUUAACAAACGGCUUCAGAACUGGACAGAGGAGUGUGACAAUCUCUGGUGGGAUGCUUUCACGACUGAGUUCUUUGAAGAUGAUGCCAUGUUGACCAUCACUUUCUGCCUGGAGGAUGGACCAAAGAGAUACACUAUUGGCCGGACCCUCAUCCCACGCUACUUCCGCAGCAUCUUUGAAGGGGGUGCCACGGAGCUGUACUAUGUGCUUAAGCAUCCCAAGGAGGCAUUCCACAGCAACUUUGUGUCCCUUGACUGUGACCAGGGUAGCAUGGUGACCCAGCACGGCAAACCCAUGUUCACUCAGGUGUGCGUGGAGGGCCGGUUAUACCUGGAGUUCAUGUUUGACGACAUGAUGAGGAUAAAGACGUGGCACUUCAGCAUCCGGCAGCACCGGGAGCUCAUCCCCCGCAGCAUCCUUGCCAUGCACGCCCAGGACCCCCAGAUGUUGGAUCAGCUGUCCAAAAACAUCACGCGGUGUGGGCUGUCCAACUCCACUCUCAACUACCUCCGACUCUGUGUGAUACUCGAGCCCAUGCAGGAGCUCAUGUCCCGCCACAAGACUUACAGCCUCAGCCCCCGAGACUGCCUCAAGACCUGCCUUUUCCAGAAGUGGCAGCGCAUGGUCGCACCCCCCGCGGAACCCGCACGGCAGCAGCCCAGCAAGCGGCGGAAACGGAAGAUGUCAGGGGGCAGCACCAUGAGUUCGGGGGGUGGCAACACCAACAACAGCAACAGCAAGAAGAAGAGCCCGGCCAGCACCUUCGCCCUCUCCAGCCAGGUACCUGAUGUGAUGGUGGUGGGGGAGCCCACCCUGAUGGGCGGGGAGUUCGGGGACGAGGACGAGAGGCUCAUCACCCGUCUGGAGAACACCCAGUUUGACGCGGCCAACGGCAUUGACGACGAGGACAGCUUUAACAACUCCCCUGCACUGGGCGCCAACAGCCCCUGGAACAGCAAGCCUCCGUCCAGCCAAGAAAGCAAAUCGGAGAACCCCACGUCACAGGCCUCCCAGUGAAGGCCCUGCCGCGGCCACCCAGCACUCUGCCUGCCUGCCCCACCCCUCGCAGCCCCAGGGAGCAGAAGACAGAAUGAAGAGACUGAGCAUGGGCAUCCUCCAUUCACCCACUUCAGGGAGGAACUGGACUUGCUGGGGGCAGGUGCCAAGAUUUGCCUCCCAGUGUCCCUGGGCUGGGCCUGGCCUCUGCAGAGCCUCUUGGGGGAAGGGGGUACUCAGGUGGAUGCCUCUGUGGGCCCUGGGCCUCUGAGAAACAUCCUGACCACCCCACCCCAGGGUGUUUGUCUCCAUCGUCACUCCAAGCUCCGGGUUCCCUGUCCUCCUGACUUCACCCCCUUGAAGCCUUGGGUUGUCUGUACCCACAACUCUUAGGGACUCAAGAAGUUACACGGGGCUUGGCUGGAUGCCCCUCCCCCUAGGCAGCUGGUAAUUGAGGGGUAAAGCUCUGGGCUCCUCCUCCCUCUGCCACUUAUCCCAGCUCCAAGUUUUUAAAAAAAUAUAUUAUUAAAAAUGUAAGUUUAAAAAAAAAGUCAUUCAUGUCCCCCGUCUUCCCUCCUAUUCAAAGCCCAGCUACCUCCCUACUCCCAGCAGAUGGGGGUCCUGGGGCCCAGGUUGGGGUGAGGGGCGGGGAGGUGCGCAGACCAUUUUUUUACAGUUUCAGAGCUUCAGACCAAGGAGACACUUUGCCAUCUCUCUCCCCUUUCCCUCAGGAGUGCCUGGAGUUGGGGAAGACAUGCUAUGGCUAGGAGGGCCUUGGCAGCCAUGUCUUCGUGACAGCCCCCUGCUCUGUCUCUCCCCAGCCUCCAGGACUCUGGCCUGUCCUCGUGCUCGUGCCCCACUCUGUCCCAGCUCGGCCCUCCACCCCUCAUGGUGUGUAGUCUUCACAGUCCUCCACUACACAGCUGUCUUGGAUGGGGGAGGCUGCCCGCUUAGGGAGUGUGGAGGGAAGGGAGCAGCCUUGUUUGUCGCUGUAUUUUUUGUUCUGUCUCAGUCGGGCAGGCAUGGAAUGGGAGAGGGGCUCAUCCACUCUCCUCCAGAACUCUCCCCAACCUCUCAACUGCAUAUUUAGGCCUACCCUGCCCUCAUAGAGGGGAAAGAGCCGUAGAGGAUGCCCUAGCUCUAAGCCCACCAGGGAGACAUAGGCCCCUGUGCCCCCCAGCUGAGGUAGAGGGUCUUCAUCUCCUGACAUCCCCUCCCCCUCCUUCUUCAGGGAAAGAAGGAGGCAGCCAGAAUCCUGAGCUGCAUGUCUCGGUUAGACACGCAGAGGCUCAGGACUGGGGAGAGACCGAGAGCAGGGUCCAACGAAGCCACGCCCAGCUCUGGCUUUGCUGCCUUGUCCUGUGGCCAGUCCCAGGAAGUGUUAGCACCGCCUCUCUCCCCCUCUUCCCUCUGGAGUCUGCACUCCACCACACCCUGUUUCCUCCACUUUGGGAAGGGUGGUGGUGUGUCAGGAGCUGAGGGAAGGGGUGAGGAAGGUGGAUGUCCCACCCAACUGUAAUGCCUUUUUUUUUUUUUUUUUUUUUUUUUUUUUGG